GUUGACAUAUGAAGCUGCUGUAAGCCGGAGCGCACUGCCUACAGGACACAGAACACUGUAUGACACUACAGGAAGCAGCAGCUCUGCCGGCAUCCUCCUCUUCUCCUGCAAUCUCCUGUGUGACAGUUGCUGUUUAAACAUGGCAGAAAUAUUCAAGGUCGAAUGCCCAAAAGUGCAAUAUUUAAAAGAUGUUAUAGAAGCGGAGUAUGAUUAUGCUACUACACAAGUCUAUGAAGAAAACGGCGUUACCAUGGUCAAACCAUGUUCCACCAAGUUCACUUUCCGGACAGAGAGAAAAGUACCCAAAGUUGGAGUCAUGUUGGUCGGCUGGGGUGGAAACAAUGGAACCACAGUCACCGCAGCAGUUUUGGCCAAUCAAAUGGGUCUUUCAUGGAUGACUAAGACAGGAAAGAAGGUGGCAAAUUAUUACGGGUCAUUGUUUCAGUCUUCCACAGUGUGUCUAGGUAGUGGACCUAGUGGAGAUGUACAUAUACCUUUUCGGAACCUCCUUCCUAUGGUACACCCUAAUGAUAUUGUCUUUGACGGUUGGGAUAUUUCCUCUUUGAACCUGGCGGAUGCCAUGAGAAGGGCAGAGGUUCUAGACUGGCAGCUCCAAGAACAGCUAAGACCUUUCAUGGAGAAGAUGCAGCCUAGGCCUUCCAUCUACAUUCCUGAAUUCAUUGCAGCCAAUCAGGAGGACAGAGCGGACCAUGUCAUCCAUGGUACUAAAGAUGAACAGGUUCAGAAAAUCCGUGAAGAUAUUCAGGAUUUUAAGAGAACCAGUGGAGUUGACAAAGUUAUUCUGUUGUGGACCGCAAACACAGAACGAUUCUGUGAUGUGAUCCCAGGGAUUAAUGAUACUGCCGAUAACUUGCUAAAAUCUAUUAAGCUUGGACUUGAAGUGUCUCCCUCUACAAUGUUUGCAGUGGCCAGCAUCUUGGAAGGAUGUGCGUACAUUAAUGGCUCCCCUCAAAACACAUUUGUUCCUGGGGCAAUAGAACUGGCAAAGCGGCACUCUGUGUUUAUUGGAGGAGAUGACUUUAAGUCUGGACAGACCAAGAUUAAAUCAGUCCUGGUGGAUUUUUUAAUCAGUGCUGGCUUAAAGACUGUGUCCAUAGUGAGUUACAACCACCUGGGUAAUAAUGAUGGGAAGAACCUUUCUGCUCCUCAGCAGUUCCGCUCCAAGGAGAUCUCCAAAAGCAAUGUGGUGGAUGACAUGGUUCAGUCUAAUCAUGUUCUGUAUGGACCAAAUGAAAAACCAGACCACUGUGUGGUUAUAAAAUAUGUCCCAUAUGUGGGAGACAGUAAGAGAGCAAUGGAUGAGUAUAUGUCCGAAAUCAUGAUGGGAGGAACCAACACCAUUGUCAUUCACAACACCUGUGAGGACUCCCUGCUUGCUAGUCCUAUUAUCCUCGACUUGGUGAUGCUCACUGAAAUUUGCCAAAGAAUAACUUUCUGCACUGAGAGAGACCAAGACUACCAGAGCUUCCACAGUGUGCUGUCCAUUCUCAGCUUCCUCUGUAAAGCCCCGCUUGUGCCAGAGGGAACCCCUGUAGUGAAUGCUCUAUUCAGACAGAGAAACUGCAUUGAGAACAUCUUCAGGGCUUGCUUGGGUCUGGCUCCGCAAAAUCAUAUGAUGCUUGAGCACAAAAUGCAAAGAAGUUUCUUGAGCUUCAAAAGACCCAGUAUGUUUGUGACCCCUCAUCCUGUGUCCAGCAAGAAGGGGAUGGGCAAGGUGAAUGGCUUCCAUCACCAAGACAUCAGCAAUGGCCACUACAAUGGACUGGAGCAAACUGUGACUAACAGUGACACAGACAUAGAGAACUAGCUUUGUCGCAUGUCCCUGACUUCCUUAUAGAAAGCUCUUUUAUGGACCCUUUUUAAAAGGAAACCACUGUAGACGUUUGGAGUUCACACUACAACCAUUACAAUGUCUCUUACUCUCGGCAGACCCUCUAACCUUUUGCUGUGUAUGAGGCGUCUACAGUAGAACUGAAUUUCUUGCACUGAUAUUUAGAUGAUCAUCCAUCUAUUAUGUUAAUAGUGAUGUUUUGUAGUAAUAAAAUGAACUUCAGACAACAAGCUCAUGUCACUGUUUAUAUUGGAUAUUACAGGUUGAGUAUCCCAUAUGCAAAUAUUCCGAAAUACAGAAUUUUUUGAGUGAGAUAUUGAAACCUUUGUUUUCUGAUGGCUCAGUGUACACAAACUUUGUUUAAUACACAGUUAUUAAAAAAUAUUGUAUUAAAUGACCUUCAGGCUGUGUGUAUAAGGUGUAUAUGAAAAAUUAAUUGUGUGAAUGUACACACACUUUGUUUAAUGCACAAAUUUAUUACAAAUAUUGGCUAAAAUUACCUUCAGGCUGUGUGUAUAAGGUGUAUAUGAAACAUAAAUGCAUUCUCUGCUUAGACUUGGGUCCCAUCGCCAUGAUAUCUCAUUAUGGUAUGCAAUUAUUCCAAAAUACGUAUAAAUCCGAUAUCCAAAAUACUUCUGGUCCCAAGCAUUUUGGAUAAGGGAUACUCAACCUGUAGUGAUUUAUUUGGGUCAGUGCAAUCCAUAUCCACCUAAUUUACAUUGCGCUAAUGAUGCCUCAGCAUUUAUGCAAUUUAUACCUUAAAUGGGGCCAUGUGUAGUUAAUUAAUGACAAAUUAGACAUACACACAGAUUCCAUACUAGCAUCUUUUGUAGGUUGGACUAGCAGGAUGUGUUUUGUUUUUUUUGGGAGAGGAUGAUAAGAGUUAUAGAUUUAUCAUUUAUUUCCUUUGAAACCUGAACAUUUUUAACCGCUCUAACAUGAAGACCCAUUCUCAUGCGUUUCAAAAUCUACCCCUGUACGGAUAGUGUAAUGGUUAGCAUUACUGCCUCACAUCACUGAGGUCAUGGGUUUAAUUACCACCAUGGCCCUAACGGUGUGGAGUUUGUAUAUUCUUCCUGUACUUGCGUGGGUUUCCUCGGGUACUCUGGUUUCCUCCCACAAUCCAAAAAUAUACUGGUAGGUUAAUUGGCUCCCAACAAAAUUAACCCUAGUAUGAAUGUGUGUUCGUGUACAUGUGGUAGGGAAUAUAGAUCGUAAGCUCCACUGGGGCAGGGACUGGUGUGAAUGGCCAAAUAGUUUCUGUAAAGCGCUGCGGAAUAUGUGUGCGCUAUAUAAAUAACUGGUAAUAAAUAAAAAUAAUACAUUUUAUACAUUUUUGUUCUGGAUUUUCAGGCGUUUAUUUUAUUAACAUUAAAAUAAUGUUCAGUGUAUUAAUCCCUGAGGCAUGUGUAUAAAUUCUGUAACCUUCUAUGGGGGGUAUCCAAUUAGCCACGGUCAUUUACUGUGGCUAUUUGGUUCGCCGGGACCUAUCCUCUUAACCCUGAUAGUCAAUGCUUAUUGGAGGAUUGGUUUCGUCUACCUUAGGCAGGCGAAGCCAAAUCCCUCAUAAGUGACUAUUUUUGCAGUGAUAAGUGCUGCAAAAAUACAUAUGUCCACGGCUUUUUGAGGACCUUAUGUAUUUUUGUGAGAAAAGCUGGGGGGUUUCACAAUGAGUUUGGAUACCGGUGAUGUAAAAUUAGUGACAAAUGGGUCUAUUUACUAAGCCUCGGAUGGAGAUAUGGUACCGGCCAAUCAGCUCCUAACUGCCAUGUUACAAGUUGGGUUUGAAAAAUGACAGUUACGAGCUGAUUGGCUGCUACUUUAUCUCCGUCCACUUUAUCUCUGUCCAAAGUUUAGUAAAUAGACCCCAUAAUCUCCACAAAUUAUCGCGGCUAGUUGGAUACCCCGUUUAUGCUACAGUAGUGCUGAUGUGUGGUUUUUGUUUUAAUGUUAUUAUUCCCUUCAUAGAACAUUAUAGGAGGUAGUGCCGAUUUCCUAUGCUGAUAUCUGUGUGUUCUGAAUGAAACUAUAAUAUUUUGACCUCUUGUAAAUGUAAAUAUAGAGGCAUUUCAGUAACAUAGCUGAAGUGUUAAAGGGCUUCAAAUACAGAGAGUCCUUCCUGUGUGUGGGCUCAAUGUAAAAUGCUGGAAAAUGUAAUUUACGGUUAUGUUUUUUAAUUCAUUUUUGUUUCCUGAAGCUGAAAACCAGAAUCCUAAAUAUUUCUUAUGCUUUCUUCUGAGGCUGUAUAUACAGUAGUACAUUAUUCUGUACAAGUACAAUAAAACACAUCUGGUAAUCCGCUCUCUUACUAUUGUAGGCAGAAGCAUAACUGUCAUGGUUGCAGGUGAACCUGGGGAUUAAAGGCCCCAUCUACACUGCGUCCAGGGGUGGGGGGCUGUAGUGGGGUUGAUAAAAGUUUUCUAGAUUUAGCAUUUAUCUGUCUAAUAAUAGAUCCAUUUUAAUGGGUUUUGUGCAUAAUAAUAUUAUAAAAUUAAAAAAUUAUAAAUUUUU